CACCUAUAUUUCUCUUUAUUAAUACCCUUCUCUUCUCGUUACUUUCUUUCCAUGUUAUCUUCUAAAAUGUAUUGGGGAUACCUUACAUCCGCCACACAAAUGGUACAGCCGCCCGCACUGUCCCAAAUUGGACUAUCCUUGAACAACAAUAGCGCCUUUGCAUUUGUAGGCAGUCUUACGGAUAUUGUAUCGUAUUGUUGCAAACACAGUAGAAUUAAAAUUCUAUUACAACGAGCCAGUUCCAACUCACGAGAAGUCGAUGACCAAACGAAUACGAUUGAAGUUCAAGUCAAGUAUAUUCGUACAAUAUACAGUGUGAUGAAUCCUCUGUCCUCCAUUAUGGUGGUGCUUCGACCUCACAGUGUGCAAUCUGACCAAGAUAGCAAACGCAAAAAUCAACGCAAACGCUUCACUUUGCCUUCUACCUCCAACCUUUUGGAACUGGCGGUUGGCCUCAACCAAAUGUUUGAUCGUUCCAUCAAGCAGAUAACCAACUUCACUCCCCAUCAUCCAAACGGCCAAUCUCCAUCAUCUGGCCUACGGGCAAGGUCAGGGACCACUUCAUUGUUGAUACAAUCGACUAGUCACCGACAAGUACCAGACGUUGAUAUCGACUGGGACCUUCCUAUUUACACAGCUGAGCCAGACGGGGAAGCUGGCGGAUUUUCCACAUUGCCAUCCACUGACUUAUUACCACCGCCAUACGAAGCUAUGUCUGCAGCAUAAAAGAAGGGCAGGACUCUUUCCCCAUGCAUGAAAUAGACGUAGUAUAGAUAGAGAAAGAAGCUGAUACCCCAGGUCAUUUUUAAACAAUAAAAGCUUCUGUAGUAUAAUCAUUAUAUCA